AUGGAUAUUCCUAGUAGAACGGUCAGUCCCUCUGAAAACACAGAAGACAGUCUUUACAACAAGAUAGUUACAAACUCUAAACUACUUGAUAAAAUGGAAGACGAAGCUGGUGAAAUUGCUCGAAGUGUUCAACACAUUCACGCACAGAUUCGUUCGAUGGGUGGCUUCGAUGAAAAAAUGGUUUCUGAGCUACGCGCUCUUUACGAGAAAGGUUUGGAGCAAGCACGCCGUGAAGAAGAUCUUGCAUCAAAUGUUUCUUCACAAAUCGACCAAUUCAUGCAAUUAAAGGGAGGAACAGCUAAUACGAGAAAUGAAACGGCAACACAAGGAUCCUCGACUCCGACCUCAUCAUCAGCAUCUCCCCACAGGACACCGCAAUCGACAUCAAAACCCGUAAAGAAAACAUUAACGCAGCGAAAGCCGACCACAAGUCAACUUAGUGCUGCAGAAGAAGGGAACGCCCCAUCUUCUCCCGCCUCUCUUAAAAGGAUGCGGCUAAAUGUGAUUUUUUUGAUCCGUAAUAGUAACAUUCCAAUCCCUAAAAAUGAUGCAAGACUACUAAAAGGACGGGCUGUUGCGGCAAAAGAACCAAAAACGAGAAAUGAAGAAGAAAAUUAUAUAAUAGCCACAAUUAAAGGUUACAAUCCUCAAACUAAACAAUACGAGGUCGAAGACGCGGAUGAAACAGCACCAGAACGAAUCUUUUGGGUUCCUCAAAACAACAUAAUCCCAAUUCCAAAAAAAGAGACAAUAUUAACAGAAUUCCCAGCAAGACACACCGUGCUGGCAGUUUACCCGGCGACAACUACAUUCUAUAAAGCCGUGGUUGUUUUGCCUCCGAGCAAGACAGUGGAUCGACCAAACUCUGAUGAAAAAGGAAAAUAUUUACUUGAAUUUGAAGAUGAUGGCGGCGCUAAACGGCCAGCUGAUAUUAUUCAUGUAUUGGAAUACCCCAAGCAACAUUAA